AUGCCUUCUGACCACAUGAAGGACGGCUCUGCCGACCUCGUGAUCCAUGCCGACCUCGAGCGCGCCAGCGAGAAGCUCCGAAGUGAUGGUUCUGGCUCAGGCUCAACAGAGCAUAUCAGCCACAGCACCAAUAGCGACACCAUUGCUGCAUACGAGGGCAAGGGUGCCAACAUUGAGAAGCUGGGCACCCACGACAAGUACGAAAUCACCGAGGAUGACUGCUACGAGGAGCUCGGAUACAGCUUCCCCUGGCUCAAGAAGUGGUACAUCCUCACCGUCAUCUUCUGGGUUCAGGUCUCCAUGAACUUCAACACCUCUCUGUACUCCAAUGCCAUCCCGGGCAUUGCUGAGGAAUUCAACGUCAGCGACCAGGCUGCCCGCUGCGGUGCCAUGAUCUUCCUCGUCUUCUACGCCUUUGGAUGUGAGCUCUGGGCUCCCUGGUCCGAGGAGUUCGGUCGCUGGCCUGUCCUCCAGUUAUCUAUGCUCCUCGUCAACAUCUGGCAGCUUCCCGUUGCCCUCGCUCCCAACUUUGCCACCGUCCUCAUCGGCCGAGCCCUCGGUGGCCUGUCCACAGCUGGUGGCUCCGUCACUCUGGGUAUGAUUGCCGACAUGUGGGAGGCAGACACCCAGCAGUAUGCCGUCGCCUAUGUCGUCUUCUCCUCCGUCGGUGGCUCCGUGCUUGGUCCCAUCGUCGGUGGAUUCACCGAGGAGUACCUCCACUGGACCUGGUCUAUCUGGGUCCAACUCAUCCUCGGCGCUGCCGUCCAAAUCAUCCACUUCUUCACCGUCCCCGAGACUAGAACUACCAUCAUGAUGAACCGCAUCGCCAAGAAGCGUAGACAGGAAGACCCCAGCGCCAACGUCUGGGGCCCUGAUGAGCUUGUGCCCUUCGCCGACCGCUUCUCCGCCAAGGAGAUCAUCUCUACCUGGCUCCGACCCUUCAAGAUGUUCCUCACUGAGCCCAUUGUGCUGGUCUUGUCCCUGCUUUCAGGAUUCUCCGACGCUCUUAUCUUCAUGUUCAUCCAGUCUUUCGGCCUGGUCUACAAGAAGUGGGACUUCGACACUGUCCAGAUUGGACUCUCCUUCCUCUCCAUUGGUGUUGGAUACGUCCUCGCAUGGAUCCUCUUCAUCCCCGCCAUCCAGCGAAACAUCAAGGAGCGGGCUGCCAAACCCCACGACGAACGUGCCCAGUACGAGUCGAGGCUGUGGUUCCUCCUCUAUACCGCACCCUGCCUGCCAAUUGGCCUGAUCGGGUUCGCCUGGACCAUCCAGGGUCCUCCCAUUCACUGGAUCGCAUCCAUGAUCUUCGCCGCCCUCAUCGGCAUUGCCAACUACGCCAUCUACAUGGCCACCAUCGACUACAUGAUCUGCGCCUACGGCCCAUACUCGGCCUCCGCCACCGGCGGCAACGGCUGGGCUCGUGAUUUCCUCGCCGGUGUCUUGACCGUCCCCGCCCUCCCCUUCAUGCAGAACAUUGGAGCCGAGAGCGGCCGCAACCUCGAGUACGCAUGCACGAUCCUCUUCGCCAUCUCGUUCGUCCUCGUCAUCGCCGUCUAUGUCAUCUACUGGAAGGGCCCCACGCUGCGGAAGCGUUCGCCCUUCGCCCAGAAGCUGGCCGAGGCGUCGCGCACCGAAGGCCACGGCAUGGGCCGACGAGUCAGCGCCGUCCACGAUCCCGAAGACCGCCGAAGCUCGGUUGAGCGACCAGGCGCUGGAAGGCGGUUCAGCCAGCAGCAACGGUUCUUUGGCGAAAGCCGCGUCACUCCACGCGGAACCCCACGGGGCACUCCUUGUGUUAGUCGGCGGGCUAGUCUAGCCAAUAUCCACCAGGUGAAGGAAGGCUGA